UUCUUUUCACAUGCAUCUACUGUCCAAGACUGCGUGUAAAUGUGAAUACCUGUGGAGAUUCACAUCUACCCUGACGUCGAGGUCCGGUGGAUCCCUGAACCUUAUUAUGAGGGUCCUGACGAUGCCCCACUAGUCUAGGUGGCGUUGAGCGUCAGAGCUGAACCCGCAAUUUAUCUUUGAUGUCUUUCUGUCUGUCUGCAUACCUACGAGCUUGCUCAAAUUUCCCACCCACGUACUACCAGAGAUACCUGCAUAGUGUCACGAGAAGUCGGUUCAUCAGCGAGCUCUCACGCAAUGUCUGACAGGUGCUACUCGCCUGGCCUCGCAACACACCGCCCGGGCACACAAUCAGCAACGCCGAACCGAAGAUACCUCAACGUCCUCAUUGCUUCCCCGUACCCGAUAAAUGGUCGAUGGCCGAACAUACACUUUGAGCAAGGCAUAAUACGCCCUCUCCUCCGCCAGCUCCAUGGCGUGGACGAGGUCAACUACAAAUACUACGAUUCCGAGCGGGCAGAAGACUUUACCUCCCCGACGGGCGUGUCUGGCCAGUCGGUCGAGGCCUGGGCCGCAGAACUGUGCCAGUGGGCGAACCUCCUCAUCUUGCUGCCCUGGGACUCGGAUAAUAUUGCCCGUAUGCUGCAUGGGAUCGCGGCGGAGAAUGUGUGGCUCACGGUGCUGCGCAGCUGGGACGUCACGAAGAAGAUCUUGCUGGUGCCGUGCAUGAACACGCUCAUGUGGGAGAAUCCGAUCACGAAGAAGCAGCUGAGCAAGCUGAAGCGGAAGUGGAACUGGGUGCGGGUCAUACAGCCGAUACUGUGGGACGCGAAGAGUACGAAGCUGGCGGCCUGGGAGGGCCGGGAUGAGGUGGUGGAGGGGGUGCGGAUUGCGAGGGACCGGAUGGUGAUUGGGCAGGACGUCAAUAUCAUGCCGCCGACGCGCGCGUUCGAGCCGGCGAAGGGGAAGAGAGAGGAGUUUCCGAUGCUGCCGCCGGAGCUGUGGUCUAUGAUUCUGGACUUCACGCAGGACUGGGAGUUGGCCAAGGCGUUGGGUGUGCAUACGACGCUGCCGGUGCCGGUGGAGUGGAGGCAGGCGAGCAGUGAGGCCGGGCCGCAGACUCUGAUGCAGAAGCUCGAAUGGAGCAUCCUGUGCGGUCGUCUGGAGGACGUCAAGGCUGUCCUUCAAAACGUGCAGUCCCCCCGGGGUCUGUCCCGGCUCUGCAUCAAGCUCGUCAUGCGCUUCUCCAAGACCGCCCUCCUCUCCUAUCUCGAAACGAACCACAAGGAUCUCUUCUGGGAGACCUUCGGCCACACCUUCCUGCCGGACAAGGCAUCCGCCGUCUUCGGCAACACCCGCCUGCUCUCCUUCUGGCACACCUCCCCGUCCUUUCUCGUCAAGGAAUACACCGCCGAGGCCCUCGACGGCGCCUCGCGCAACGGCUUCGUCCACGUCCUCGACUGGUGGUACCGCUCCGGCCUCCCGCUCAAGUACACCGAGGCCGCGCUCGAGCAGGCCAGCUCCCAGGGCCGCAUCGAGGUGCUAGAGUGGUGGAAGCACGCCGCCCAGCCCCCCGACGGCGAACACCUCUCCACGCCCAGCAGCAGCACCACACGGCCCCUAUCCACACCCGCCUCCGGCCCGACACCAACACCCACCAUCCGCCUCCGCGCCCAGCGCCCGCCCGCCAUCAAGCUCAAGCAAGGCAAAAGCAUCUCCCACGCCACCCAAUCCGGCUCCCUGCCCGUCGUCCGCUGGUGGGCCGAAAGCGGCAUCCUCUCCCCGCAACACGAGGACUCGGUCGCCAAGCUGGCCAGCACCCACGGGCACGUCCACCUGCUGCACUACUGGGCGGAGCUGCGCGGCGAGAAGAUGGUGUUUGACCACCAGGUGCUCGUCGGCGCGACGAAGAUGGGCCACGGCGAGGUGCUGGAGUGGUGGAAGCAGAGCGGGCUGAAGGUCGAGUACAAGACUUGUGAUAUUGAGGAGGCGUUGGAGGAUGGGGUCGAGGGUGCGCGUGGGGAUGCGGUGCGGCGGUGGUGGGCGCGGAAUGGGCUGAAUUUGGGGGUCGGCACGAGUGAGUGGAUGCGGGUGAAGACGUUGGGGCAGGGGUGAGGGCGGU